ACACACGGACCCAAUAAUUAACAUGAGCCGGAAGCCGCCCCUGCCGGUGUCUGGGUGGCGGAGGCUUGGUACAUUGGACCGAGGAUCCAGUAAGAUGAAGAGGUAUACAAGUCGAAAACGGCCCCAUGUGGAGCACAUAGUGGAUCUGUCUGAGCCAAGCCUUCCUGUUCCUGAUGAGAUCAAGGAGCUUUUCAACAAAAAGUUCACCUUUCAAAAGCCGGCUGUCAAGGCCUGGUGCCUGCCUGAUGUUGCUGAGGUUCGGACAGGGAAGUGGCGGCAGCGCCCGAGGCUGCAGGCUCUGAAGGAAUCCCUCAACAAUGUGAAGAACCAACUGAGUGACAAAGAACUGGAGAAGUGGCAUGAGCACACCGCUUUCACUAACCGGGCAGGGAAGGUCAUCCCACAUGUCAGGAGGACAAUGAACGCUGAAUUGUGCACGCAGGCCUGGUGCAAGUUUCACGAGAUCCUGUGCACAUUUCCCUUGCUCCCGGAGGAGGCACUCGAGAACGGGGAGCUGAACUCUGUGCAUCUCUGUGAGGCUCCUGGGGCAUUCAUUGCCAGCCUGAACCACUACCUCAAGUCCCAUCACAUCCCGUGUGAUUGGAGUUGGGUAGCCAACACCCUGAACCCCUACCAUGAAGGCAAUGAGACGGGAAUGAUGAUAAUGGAUGAUCGACUCAUUGCAGGCACGCUGCUUUGGUGGUAUUUUGGCCCUGAUGAUACCGGGGACAUCAUGGCCUACAAGUAUCUCAAAGGGCUAGUGGAAUUCACCCAGAACAUGAAGAAGGUCCACCUGGUGACAGCAGAUGGGAGCUUUGACUGCCAGGACAACCCUGGAGAGCAGGAAGCUCUGGUGUCCCCUUUACACUACUGUGAGACCAUCACGGCCUUAAUGCUCCUCAGCCCUAAAGGCUCCUUUGUGUUGAAGAUGUUCACCUUGUUUGAGCGCUCCUCGGCCUGCCUGCUCUACCUGCUGAACUGCUGCUUCCGGCAGGUCCAUGUCUUCAAGCCAGGCACCAGCAAGUCGGGAAACUCUGAAGUCUAUGCAGUUUGUCUCGACUAUGCGGGCAAGGAUGCCUUGGGAGACCACCUUGAUCAGCUGGUGCUGAACUUUGGACCAGAUGUAGUCCGGAAUGCUUGGUUCACCAAGGCUGUUGUUCCGGAGUCGUUCUUGGAGCAGUUGGAGGAAUGCUGCUCUUUCUUCCACAAGCGGCAGACUGAAACCAUCUGGGAGAACCUCCGACUAUUUGGGGAGAUGAGCAUGGAGGAUGUCAGGCAGCUGGAUGCCAAGCGGGACUGCGCUGCCAAAUUCUACCUGCAAAAGUUCCAACUGCGCCGCGUGGCUCGUGAUGACUGGAUAGUGAAGAGGUCGCAGGCCAGCUGCAGCCGCCUCUCCGCUUACAAGAAGAAGAAACACCAUUCUGGCUCAUAUAACGACAGGCAGGAGCUGGCCAGCCUGGCCUGGCAGGAGAGAAUGCGCAAGAGCUGUCUCGGCCCUGAGAUAGAGCAGCACUGUCUGGCCACCCAGGAGGCUGACUCUGCCCUGAAGUGCGUAGAGGGUUGUGCCGACGACCACUUCUGGUACAUUUUGGAAGGCAGGCGACUGAGCAGGCUGGCCAGCUCUCCGUUCUGCGAUGUGGAGCUGCUGCAGAUUAUGGCGGAGGCGAUGCAGGAGUGCAGGACAGCAAAUAGGGAGGUUGUGCUCCAAUGCAACUCCUGCAGACUUUUUUCUGAAGAUCUGGUGUUGUCUGAACUCGCCGCCUUUGUGGCGGAGCAACAAGAGGAAUUGUGUGUCCAUGAUGGCGAGCCAGUGGAUUGCCUUGUGAUUGGAAGCCCUGAAGUCUUCUCCCACCUGAAGCAGUCCAGCAAUAUCCGGCUCUUGCCCUGUGAGGCUGUGCCCCCACCACCCAAUCAGUGUACCAUGUGUCAUGAUGGAGAGCUCAGGUACCAGCAAUGGCUGCUUGGUGCUGUGCUCCAUGCUGUGACAAACUGUAGCGAAGGUGGCGCACUCGUUCUCCCCAUCCUCUCAUCCUUCACCCGCUUUACAGCCGACCUGAUAUUCGUGCUGCAGCACUGCUUCCGAGCUCUGGACUUUGUUUGCCCCACCUCGUCGGAUGCGCUGGGAACCCUCGCUAUCUUACUAUGCGCUGGUUUUCGCCGUCCAUCAGAGACAGUCUUGGUGUUUUUGGAGAAGCUGAGCAAGCACGUGUGUCAGCUGCAGGAGUCAGAAUCAGAGCAGCCCCUGCAGGUCCUGCAGUUUGUGCCCAUGGAUCUCUUGCUGAGGGGAACUCUGCUGGAGUUCCUCAGCAGGCUCAAUACCGCCAUCGCAAAGCAGAGGCUUCACCUGCUCAUCCAGGUCACAACAUAACCAGCGAUGUCACAUCAGAAACUGUAUGGCAUUGUCCAAUCAACUGGAGUCACACCAAGUGCUGUCCAAUCAGCAGGCACAAAGGUUGCAGCAGCAUUUACAGCAAUUUGAUAGCUCCCAAGUACAGAGAUUCACCUGAAAGAAUUAGACCUGCUCUGCGUGAAUGGUGGAAGGAGUGAGUACUUGACAUAGUCCAUCAAGGUUCAUCUCUCCAUCUGAAUUUAAUCAUGGCCCCAAGCAAGGGGCUCAGAUAAUCGGACUGCCAGGGGAAAGUUUGAACAAUGUCGUUUCGCGCCUCCGAUGAGCUUGGUGCCUUGCAGUCACUUUGGGAAAUUUGUCUAAGGUGGUACAGAUUGUGGGAUUGUUGGUGACAGAGCUGACUGGAGGCAGUGUUACCCAGUGAUGAGUCAACUCGCAGACACUUAAUCCUACCUCUCCCUGGACCAUGACCCCACCACUGAACAUCAAGCCAUUGUUUCCAGGACUGUCACUUGAAAGGAGUG